CGGCGGGUACAGGACGUCAUCAGCCCCAUUGUGUUUGAAGCGGCCUACAGCCUCGGUGAGCAUGUGACUGGAGAGGAGGAGAGGGAACUUCCGGCGCUGACACCAGUUCUCCGCUGGAAGAAGGGACAAAAGAUUGCCCAAAAAAAUCAGACUGUUUUUGAAAGAAAUUGCCGCUCCGAGGAUUGUGCCGCUGACCUGCAGCUUCGGGGUAAACUGUUGCUGUCCAGUGUUGAUGAGAAAACCCCAUAUCUAGCUUUGGGGGCUGUGAAGAAUAUCUCCUUAAACAUCUCCAUCUCCAACCUUGGGGAUGAUGCCUAUGAUGCUAACGUGUCCUUCAAUGUUUCCCGGGAGCUCUUCUUCAUCAACAUGUGGCAGAAGGAGGAGAUGGGCAUUUCCUGUGAGCUUCUGGAAUCGGACUUCCUCAAAUGCAGCGUGGGAUUUCCUUUCAUGAGGUCGAAGUCGAAGUAUGAAUUCAGCGUGAUCUUUGACACAAGCCACCUGUCUGGGGAAGAGGAAGUUCUUAGCUUCAUCGUUACUGCUCAGAGUGGCAACAUGGAACGCUCUGAAUCCCUCCACGACAAUACCCUCACGCUGAUGGUGCCACUCAUGCACGAAGUGGACACAUCUGUCGCCGGAGUCAUGUCUCCAACCUCCUUUGUAUACGGCGAGUCUGUGGAUGCAUCCAACUUCAUUCAGCUGGAUGAUCUGGAGUGUCAUUUUCAGCCCCUCAACGUCACCCUUCAGGUGUAUAACACUGGCCCAAGCACCCUUCCUGGAUCAUCUGUCAGCAUCUCUUUCCCUAAUCGACUGUUGUCUGGUGGUGCAGAGAUGUUUCAUGUCCAGGAGAUGGUGGUGGGCCAAGAGAAGGGAAACUGCUCUUUCCAGAAAAACCCAACCCCCUGCAUCAUCCCUCAAGAACAGGAAAAUAUCUUCCACACAAUAUUUGCUUUUUUCACAAAGUCUGGAAGAAAAGUCUUGGACUGUGAAAAGCCGGGAAUAUCUUGCCUAACAAUGCACUGUAACCUUAGUGCUCUUGCUAAAGAAGAAAGUCGUACUAUAGACAUUUACAUGCUGCUGAACACAGAAAUAUUGAAAAAGGUGGUCUUCGAGGCCUUGCACAACCUGGAGCCCCGAGGCUACGUCGUGGGGUGGAUCAUCGCCAUCAGCUUGCUGGUGGGAAUCCUCAUCUUCCUGCUUCUGGCUGUGCUGCUCUGGAAGAUGGGCUUCUUUCGCCGAAGGUACAAAGAAAUUAUUGAAGCUGAGAAGAACCGGAAAGAGAAUGAAGACAGUUGGGACUGGGUCCAGAAAAACCAGUGACCUGCUCCUCCAGUCCCAUGACCCAAUCACUAGCCUGUCGUCCUUGAUCUUUGUAUCUUCCAUAUUUGGAAGAAAAAAAUCUUCUCCAGAUUUUUCGGAGGCCCCACUGAUGCUGUUCUUGUCCUCAUUCUGUCCAGCCCAGGUGCCAGCCUGAGGCAGCCACUGCCACCAGGUCACGUGACCGGAGCCACCACCACUUCCUUUUAAAGAUGAACUCUGAACUUUGGAAAGCGAGCUACAGAGCCGAGCAAUAUUUAUGGAUGCAACAUGCGUGGUCAACCCUCAGGGGAAAACUGUUACCUAAAAGUAUUUUUAUAAAUAUAAGCCUUUUAUACUGAUUAUGUCUUUAUAUUUGUAUCGAUGUUUUAUUAUUUCUAUUAAAUAGUUAUAUAAUUCACUCAA